UUAUUUUUCUAUUUACCUGUGUCGCAAUUGACCUAGAAAUACGAUAAGACAAGGAUUACCAGGAUAUACUUUACAUUAUACGCAGUUCAUUAUCAAUAUGACCCUUUGAUUUGGAACAAUAUACUUAAUUACACCAGUUUCAUUUACUGUAAACGUAAAAACAGCGUGGUUCAACGAUCAUCUCCGACGAACGUGAUGUUGUGGCCCUAGAUUGCAUCACUCUUCGAGCCGGCUAGUUUUAUAAAAGAAAGUAGCAUUUCUGGUUGCAUCACUUUAUCUACAAAUAUAGUCAACGCACGAUAUAUUAUCUGCUGUUUCUAGUCAAAAUGUGUGGCAUUUGGGCUGUUUUUGGGAGCGACGAUGAUGUCUCGGUACAAUGUAACGCUGUCCACAAAAUUAACCACCGUGGUCCCGAUGCUUUCCGGAUUGAAAACAUCAAUCAUUUUAGGAACUGCUGUCUGGGUUUUCACAGAUUAGCUAUUGUUGAUGAUAUAAAGGGCAUGCAACCUAUGAGACUUUAUACCUAUCCUAACAUUUGGCUUAUUUACAAUGGUGAAAUCUACAACCAUGAACUGUUGGAGAAAGAAUACGAUCUUCAGUGCAGCACAACUUGUGAUGGUGAACCUAUUAUACAUCUGUAUGAUAAACUGGGACCAGAAAUGGCGGCUAGUCAGUUGGAUGGCGUUUUUGCUUUCUGUAUUUUAGAUACUGCCAAUAGAAAGAUCAUUUUAGGCCGAGAUACAUAUGGAAUUCGACCAAUGUUUAAAUUAUACAACGACAACGGGUUUUUAGCAGUUUGCUCGGAGGCCAAAGGUUUAUUUGGUUUAUCCCACACCGUCUCUGAUGCAAAGGCAAAGAUCGAGCCUCUACUACCGGGUCAUAUUGAAGUGUAUGAUAUAGAUAUGAACGGAAAGGCUAAAUUCUUAGAAAGAAAACGAUUCCACAAAAUUGGCGACAUGCCCAGAUAUAAAUCUUUAACGCCGGCCCUGAGUGACGAUGUAAAACUUAACAUCAGAAAUUUGUUCGAAGCUGCUGUUAAGAAACGACUUAUGGCUGAAAGACGUAUUGGUUGUUUACUAUCAGGUGGCUUAGAUUCUAGUUUAGUAGCUGCUCUAUUAGUAAAAGAUGCCAAAGAACAAAAGUUAUCUUACCCAAUUCAAACAUUCUCUAUAGGACUGGAGGGUAGCCCAGAUAUAGCUGCCGCUAGAACAGUAUCUAAAUAUUUAGGAACAGAACAUCACGAGGUUAUAUUUACACCUGAAGAAGGUGUAGAUGCCAUAGAAAGGGUUAUUUAUCACUUGGAGACGUACGACAUUACAACUAUCAGAGCGUCCGUUGGUAUGUAUUUAAUAAGUAAAUAUAUUAGUGAGAAAUCUGAUACCGUUGUGAUCUUAUCCGGAGAAGGUGCCGACGAACUGGCGCAAGGGUACAUCUAUUUCCACAAAUCACCAUCUGCGGAGGAAGGGGACAUAGAGAGCAGACGUCUGUUACAAGAUCUCUACAUGUAUGACGUAUUGAGAGGCGAUCGAACCACGUCCGCGUGGGGAUUGGAAAUUCGGGUUCCAUUUUUAGAUCACAUAUUUAGUAGCUAUUAUUUAUCCAUUCCGUCAGAAGAUCGUCGUCCAAAGAAAGAUGUGGAAAAAUAUUUACUCCGGGCCGCAUUUAGUGACACUGGUCUCUUACCUAAUGAUAUUUUAUGGCGACCGAAAGAAGCUUUCAGUGACGGGGUUUCAUCUAAAACAAAAUCAUGGUUUGAUAUUAUUCAGAGUCAUUGCAACGAACAGAUUAACGAUGAUGAACUAGAGCAGGCAGCUAAUCUCUACCCAUUUAAUACCCCAAAAACCAAAGAAGCUUAUUACUACAGACGAAUCUUUGAAAAGUCUUAUCCCAACAAAGCUGAGUGGAUACCUUACUUCUGGAUGCCGAAAUGGUGUAAAACAUCAGAUCCCUCAGCACGUACUUUAAAACAUUAUAAACAAUAAUAUAAAAGAAAACCAGAGUUUUAAAAUCAAAUUAAAAUUGAAUAUUUUUUAUUUCUAGGAUUAGGAAGCAUUUAUAAAGCUUGAGCACCGUACUGGAUAAUGUGGUUUAAUUUAUGGUUUAUCUGUGUGCAUGUGUAAGGAUACUUUGAACAAGAUGAAUGUUGAAGUUCAUGUGUUUUAAUGUUUUACUUCCUUCACUGAUACUGCCAAAUAUAGAGCAUUAAAUAUAUACAUUUCAACAAGAAAAUAAACGUAAUUAAUUUUAUAUAAUAUCGUAUUCAAAAUCCAAUUACUGGCUUCCGCUUAGGGUAGUUUGCAGGAGAUUCUGUUGAAAGCCAUUAUACGCUGUAACGUGAUGAAUCUUAAAACGUCUAUAUCUCAGCAAGGGUUUGAAAGAUUUCUCUUAGAUUUCUCACACAACCUCCAAAGUCUCAAUGCUGAUUAGACUUCCUCUGCUAUAUAUGCUAAUGCAACUUUGGGCCAUUCUCACUUUUGUUAUUUUAAUAUGACCGCAUGGCUUGGAAAUGUUACUUUAGAGAAUUUGUUUAAAUUCUCAUGUUUAUUAGACUGCUUUUAUGGAUGUAUAAAUUGCAUUUGGCUACAAAGAAUCCCCAUGGUACCGUUUAUCAAGCAAGAUUGUUUGAAGAAUAUUAAAUUUAGGCUAGGUCGUAUGCAUAUGUCGAUAAUAUUGAAAGAAUAAAUUAUUUCUUUUUUAUUGCUCAACUGGACACAUUACAGGGUACUUAAUUCAUGUUCAAUAAAAAAACCAUCUUGCA